AUGGCACCAGCAAUCCUGGACAUUCCCCCGGCCAAGCUGCUCAGCAGCAAGGGCCAUCUUCUCCCCGGCCAGCUCGAAAUCACCACCUUCUUCUUCCAAGUACCGCUCGACUACGAGAAUCCCUCAGCCGGCUCCAUCCAGCUCUACGCCAGGCGCCUGGCGAAGCGUCAGUCGCCCAUCUUCCCACCCGACGACCAGGAUGCCCAGAAAGACAGCCACAAGCCCUACAUGGUUUAUCUCGAGGGCGGCCCUGGCUUCGGCAACCGGGCACCAGCCGAUCACCCCGUCACGAGGGCCGCGCUUCCUCGCGGAUACCAAGUCCUCUUCAUCGACCACCGUGGAACAGGCCUCAGCACCCCCGUGUCGACAGCCAUGCUCGCCAGCGUCGGCGACGCAGAUGCCCAGGCCAAGUACCUGCGUCUGAUGCGCCAGGACAACACCGUGCGGGACUGUGAGGCCGUCCGAAAGCUCCUGACGGCAGGCUGGCCGGAACAAAAGACGCAGUGGUCAACCUUUGGCCAGUCAUACGGCGGAUUCAUCACCCUGUCGUAUCUGUCCAUGCACCCCGAAGGUCUUCGAGAGUGCUUCCUGACGGGCGGCCUGGCCCCCGUCGGAAAGACGGUCAACCAGGUCUACGAAGCGACCUUCCGCAAGACGACGCAACGCAACGAACAGUAUUUCGCCAAGUUCCCCGAGGACGCUCUUGUCAUCCGCCAAAUUGCCGCUUACAUCGAGAGCCAAGGCGGCAAGGUGCCCCUCCCGGCUGGCGGAUUCCUGACCCUCCCGCGUCUCUUGACAAUCGGCAUUGCCUUUGGCGGCCACGGCGGCUUCGACACGGUCCACAACACCCUCACCGUGCUCAAAACAUCCCUUGACCAGUUCGGUUUCCUUACACGUGCCGCCCUAGCGCCCAUGGAGUCGUUUACCCCCUUCGACACUAACAUCAUUUACGCUAUUCUCCACGAAGCCAUCUACUGCGACGGGCCCCAGGCAUCGUCCAACUGGGCCGCGAACCGUCUUGGCAGAGACCUCGGCGGGCCCUAUUCAUGGCUCGCCCCGGACUACACUCUCGCCCGGUCCCCUGAGCCGCUCUACUUCAGCGGCGAGAUGAUUUUCCCCUUCCAUUUUGAAACGUACCCCGAGUUGAUACCCCUUCGCGACGUCGCUGAAAAGCUGGCAACUUACACCGACUGGCCCGCACUGUACGAUGAGGCGCGCCUGCGCAGCAACAAGGUUCCAUUUUACGCCGCCUCGUAUGUGGAGGACAUGUAUGUCGACUACCGUUUGGCGAGGGACACGUCCGACUUGGUCAAGGGGAGCAAGGUGUUUGAGACCAACGUCAUGUACCACAAUGCCGUGAGAGCCAAGGCUGAUGAGGUGAUGCACCAGCUAUUCAGCCUGAGGGAUGAUGUCUUGGAUUAA